CAAUCUAUCGAAAUAAAAGGCGGAAGAAACCUGUCAUUGUUGUUUCACGCUCUCAUUGAAUCGAACCCUAGGUAUGGCUGGACCCGACGCAAGCUUUGUGGAUGAGAUCUGCCAGGGAGAUGAAACUGUUUCAAAAGGCGUAAGAAACCUAGCCAUCUUCUUUGAGACUCUCGGCGCCUCUUAUCCAGAUACAAGGAAACAGUUCAGUUCUAGGGCCCGGGCACCUAGUUCUAAAACCAGCAAUCGAAAAGGUUGCGGAGGAUCCACUGGUUCAGGUUUUGCCUUAGGCACCUAUACCUAUACUCCUGUCGACUUCAGUUCCAAGUUCAGAGGACCAGUGGCUGGUGGAGGCCCUUCUAUGGACAAAGCAGUGCCCUGCAAUGAGUGUUCUAAGGAGCACCCUCCUUAUUCUUAUUGCCCUUACGCGCCUUGUCAUAUUUGUUAUAAGGUUCACCACCAUAGUUAUUGCCCUUACUUCGACCAUGUCCCACAGGGUGCAACUUUUCACCAUGGCUAUGAAAUAAUUUGUGGAUGUGGUAAUGAAUUUAAUGAGGAUAAGUGGGUUUGUACCUCUUGUGGUGGGAGCAGAGCAGUGCUUAAGGCCAAGCAUUGUUCCAUAUGUAAUAGCGUGAAACAGCACGGCACAUAUGAAUGCCCGAAGGACAAGGUUCUGGCUGCCAAGUAUAAAUUGGCCAGAGACAAGAGGCGUUCAGUUGUGCCGAAUAGGAUUCCCUAUGAAACUGUUUGUAUUCCAAAAUCAUCAUCAGAAAAGAUCUAUGUUCCAACUCCUCCUCCUGGGUGGGUUUGUGGACACAUGAAAGAAGGCUCGUAGUUGCUGUCGAGAUAGACGAUUAUGAUUAGACUCGUCUCAGCCUCAACAGAGUCAAAUAGAUUUAUAUUCACUGCGUGUCUAUGAGAUCCUGAAUUGUAUUGCUCAAAUUUUAUUUAUUUUUUCUAUGAAGGAAAUAGAACAUCGCAGGUGUUCGCUGUAUUAUUUAGUGAAUUUAAUCCGAUUAAUGUGAUUUUUUGGAGGCAGGAGGGAAUUUAAUCUAUACCGAUGUGGCGUCUUAUUAUUGGUUAGUUGACUUAACUUGGAGACCAAGUAGCAUAAGCAUGUUGGUGU